AUGGACGAGCGGCCGAUGCUGCGCGGCAUCUUUGCGUUCGAGGACGAGGAGACGCCCGAGUGGCGCCGCGUCGUCACGUCCGAGACGCUCGGCGGCGUGCCCAAGUUCGCCACCAAGUCCGAGUGCGAGGCCUUCAUCCGCAAGCACUGCUGGCGGGGCUCAAACCCGGCCUUCCCCAAGCUGCAGCACGUCUUUUCGCUGCUCGUGGACUGGAAGCAGAUCGAAGACGUCCUCAUCCCCAAGAUCGACGCCUACGACCGCAAGUACCCGAUCGGGGCGACGCCUGCAGUCAGUGCGGCCAACCGCUUCGCCCAGGGCGAGGGACUGCCCAUCGCCGAGGGCGUGGACUACCGCGUGAACAUGCCCUUCCACCAGCAGACGAACCGCGAGUCGACCCUCAACACGCUGCACUACCUGUUCUUCCACAUGCGCUGCGGCAUUUUUGUGAUGAUCCGCCGUCGCCACGUGGUGCUUUUUGCGCCGUUUGUCAACAAACACUACGUCAACAAUUGGGGACAGCACGUGACGUUUGACAGCUCAGAUGGCAGCAUGUUUGCCUACUACCGCGAGAAACAGCGGUACUACCGACGUGAGAACAUUAUCCCCGACGUGAACAAGUGGUGGGCGAACGGCAAUAUCAUUUGCAACGAGCACUGCAGGUACCGCAACAAAGAAGACGAGACGCAGUACUGGGGCGACCAGUUUCUCACGCAACUGCGCGACAUGCUCGAAGAUGCGUGCAAGCACCGGAACAUUGCAGACUGUGAGUUCUUUAUCAACAAGCGCGACUAUCCGCAUUUGAAAGAAAACCUGACCGAGCCUUACGGGUUCCUGUUCGACAAGGAUGACCGAAAUCCAGACGAGGACAUCCCGCUUACGGAGCACCUCUACGCAACGUAUGCUCCGAUUAUGAGCUUUUACGUGUCAAAGCGCUUUGCAGACAUUCCAUUUCCGUGCUCCGAAGACUGGGAAGCUGCUACUGGUCUUGUGUUCCCGCAGUCGUUCCGACAUACUCAUUGUGACCAAUGCCCAUGUCGCAACCCAGUGCAUUGUGAAAACGACUGGGAGUGCUUUUGCAAACCAGGCGCCAACGGCCGGAAGAGGCACGGCAUCGAAGGUGCGCGCGACCUGUUCACAGCCAACAACUUUCAGAAGUUUUACAAACCGUGGCACGACAAGGUGAAUACAGCGUUUUUCCGUGGUAGUGCAACAGGCGGUGGCACCACGAUCGAAACCAACCAGCGCCUUCACUUGGCGCACCUCUCCAAUACGUGGAAGAAAGACCCGACGAUGAAUGGGGAAGCCGAAAGAGAUGCCGGGGAUGGAGACAACGCCGAGGAGGAGGAGUUAGUACCACUACUGAAUGCAGAGGUGACGACGUGGAACCUCCGCGAUAAGAAGAUCGCUGGAAAGCCAAUGACGUUCUUGCGCCACGAGGAAUUCAACUUCGAGGGAGGGCGUCAGCAUUUUAUCCCCAUCUAUGAGCAGUCCAAGUUCAAGUACAUCUUGUACGUCGAAGGUCACUGUGCUGCCAACCGUUACGCCUUUUUGAUGCGCCUGGGUAGCGUGAUUCUGAAGGUCGAGUCACGCUGCGUUGCCGACGAGAUGUGGUACUAUCCAGUUCUCAAGCCGUUUCAAGACCACGUGCCGAUCCGGGCGGAUCUAUCCGACUUGGCCGAGAAGAUCCAGUGGUGCCGCGACAAUGAUGAGAAAUGUGAACAGAUCGCCGCUCGUGCGAAUGAGCUCUAUGAGAAGUUUAUUUCCAAAGAAGCGAUCCAUGACUACAUGGAAGUGAUUUGCAACCGGGUCGCCCGGCGCUUUCAGACAGCACCAGGAUGGUACAAACGUCCCGAAGGCGUAGAAUCGAUGAAGAAGCCUGAAUUUGGCCGCUGCCGCGGUAUGUGUGUCGGCGGCGCAAACUCGCGUCACUGUAAGCGUUGUGUCGAGAUGGAAAAAGAUGAUGAAGCAGCUCGCGCAAACCGUAAACGCAAGCGUGAGGACUCUCGCACUGACGAUAGUGCAGACCACCGGGGUCGUGGGAGGCAUCCUCGCAAUGAGCAUGGCCGUGACCGGGGUCGUAGUCGUAGUCGCGAUCGCUACAAACGUGGCGACAAUCGAGGAGGUGACUAUCAUCGCGACCGCGGCUACGGUGUUGCUUCAGAUCAGGACAGGAACCGCCGCGAUGGUCACGACAGUAGCCCGAAGCGUCAGCGCGUACAACAGUGCCGGAAAUGUCGCCGUGCAAAGUCCGCCUGUCAGUGCAGUUUUCGUGGUCAUUAG